AGAUACAGCAGAUUUCCAUGUGGACUGUUCAUCAUUCAGGGGGCUGAUUUUGCUGUUCUUUUUUUUUUUUUUUUUUUGCUGCGGACAAUCGGAAGAGGGGAAAAAAUGUCUCAUUCUUUGAAUACUUGAGGAGUGACGACAACUUUCCCUCUUUUUCGGACUUGAACGCGCAGAAGAUAAAGCGCGGAGAAGAGAGAGACAUUUAUAUAAGACCAGGAGAGGAGUUGGGAUCUUUUUUCAUUUUCUUUAACAAUGCAAACUGAUCUAAUUCACGAUCGGGGUUUGCACAUUUAAGCGCCACGGCUGCAGCGGAGAUCCCGAAGCAAUGUUAUCUGCGGAGAUGCGUGCUUUGCUGAGGUUCCUGUCCGUGGAUGUUGCAGCUCGGUCGGGCUGCACACGGAGCCUUUGGGUGGCUGUGAUUGGACCGGACACGGACUGGGGUUGACUGAUGUUUGUCCGAGAGGAAAUGUUUUUGGGGAGGAGAUCAAUAUGAGUUACUGGCAAAAGGAGGGGGGAGAUGCCAGUCUUUACGCACAUUACCAUGAGGACGGACAUGCAGCCAUGAGGAUUUUUGCUUUUCCCUUCCCAUUUUCUUGGAUUUAAAUUCAAAUCAAACCAGAAAACUUCUUUCCAUGAGACAUUUGUGUGUAUUAAAUGUGAUGUGCUUUGCUGCCUUUGCAAACCAGAUUGUUACAAGUGGAUAUGGAUAGUUUUUGCUCUUGCACUAAAGUUUUUUGCCCCCUUUUCUUGACUAUCAAGCACUGGUUUGGAUGUUGCAUCAUGCUGUCGUAGAAAAUAUCAAUUUACCAGACUGUUGCACACCUGACUAAUAGAUUUCCCAUGGACUUUCACUCUGAAAUGGGACUAAACGGCAACACGUUAGAGGAGGAAAACAAUCAGCUGCGUGCAAUCCAGUGAAAUGUGUGCACAGACACCUGGCAACAUGGCAGGUAACUGGGUUGUGUAUCCGCUUUUUUUGCUGCCGCUGUUCGCAGUGGGGACGGCUUUCUCGGGGGUCUUCAACGCCACAGACAGAGACAUUUUUACAGAUGACUUGCUGCAGGUCAAGCUCACACAAGACAGAGCGACCGAGCAGUGGAAACUCCAGUCUGCUGACUCCCAUCCUAACCUAUAUUUUAACCAAGUAGACGUGUUGCACUUGAGGCAAAGGUCCUCCACCACCCACAGUCACAUAUUUAAAGUCAUCCGGGCGGCUGUGCUCACCAUGUUGUCUAACGUCCCCUUUUACAUGCCCCCUGUGAAACACGAGGAGUUUACAAGCAAGUGGAAUGAGAUUUAUGGGAACAACCUGCCUCCACUGGCUCUCUACUGCCUGCUGUGCCCGGAGGACUCAGCCGCCCUGCAGUUUCUUAUCAAGUUUAUGGAUAGGAUGGCUGAAUACCCGGACUGGAAAGUGACCAGCGCGCCUAACGACGAGGUCCCCAUGGCGCACUCUCUCACCGGGUUCGCCACUGCUUAUGACUUUAUUUACUCCUACCUGGAUAAGCGCAGGAGGGAUGUUUACCUGAAGAAAAUUCACUCUCAGACGGAGGAGCUGUACGAGCUCUCUAAGUACAGAGGAUGGGGGAAACAGUAUCUCCAGAAUCACCAAACCACCAACAUAUUAGCCGUCCUGACUGGCGCGAUCGUGGUGGGGUCGCACGACAAUCCAGAGUCAAUGAUCUGGAAACAGGUGGCUGUGAACUACAUGGAGAAAACGAUGUUCCUCCUGAAUCAUGUUGUGGAUGGGUCUCUGGAUGAGGGAGUAGCUUAUGGAAGCUACACAGCCAAGUCCAUCACGCAGUACGUCUUCUUAGCUCAGCGUCAUUUCAACAUUGACAACAUGCAGAACAACUGGCUGCGGGGACACUUUUGGUUUUACUUUGCCACUCUGCUGCCGGGCUUUCAGAGGACAGUCGGCAUCGCGGACUCCAACUACAACUGGUUUUAUGGGCCGGAGAGCCAGCUGGUUUUCCUCGACACGUUUGUCAUGAGGAACGGCACGGGGAACUGGCUGGCUCAACAGAUUAGAAAGCACCGACCCAAGGAUGGCCCCAUGGGACAGUCCUCUGCCCAGCGCUGGGCCACGCUUCACACAGAAUACAUCUGGUACAACUCCCACCUCACACCGCAGCCCCCACACGAGUUUGGCAAAGCGAGGAUGCAUAUUUUCUCCAACUGGGGUGUGGUUACCUAUGGAGCCGGGCUUCCCAAUGGUCAGAGUAAUACUUUUGUCUCCUUUAAAUCUGGCCGACUGGGUGGCCGUGCGGUUUAUGACAUCGUCCACGACAAGCCUUACUCCUGGGUGGACGGCUGGAACAGCUUUAACCCCGGUCACGAGCACCCGGACCAGAACUCCUUUACAUUCGCCCCUAAUGGACAAGUGUUUGUGUCCGAAGCACUUUACGGCCCAAAGUACAGCUAUCUUAACAAUGUUCUGGUGUUUAGUCCGUCUCCUACCAGUCAGUGUAACAGUCCGUGGGAGGGUCAGCUGGGGGAGUGUGCUAAGUGGCUGCGAUGGACUGAUGAGGGGGUGGGCGACGCCAGAGGGGAGGUGAUCGUGGCCUCCUCGCACAGGGACACCAUGUUUGUGAGCGGGGAGGCCGUGGCGGCUUAUUCCCCCGCCAUGAGGCUCAAGAGCGUUUUCAGAGCUUUGGUUCUGCUCAACUCGCAGACUUUGCUCGUGCUUGACCAUGUGGAGAAGUGGGCUGAUUCACCCGUCACGUCCCUCAGCGCUUUUUUCCACAAUCUCGACAUUGACUUUAAAUACGUCCCUUUCAGAUUCAUGGACAGAUAUAACGGCGCCAUGAUGGAUGUGUGGGACGCUCAUUAUAAAAUGUUCUGGUUCGACAGCCAGGGUCACAGCCCAGAUACCAGGAUACAGGAGGCAGAACAGGCAGCUGAGUUCAAAAAGAGGUGGACACAGUAUGUCAAUGUCACUUUUCAGAUGACAGGCACAGUCAGCAGAGUGGCUUACGUGUUACAUGGGCCGUAUGUCAAAGUGUCCAACUGCAGAUUUAUGGAUAAUAGCAAAAAUGGGGUGAGGCUCUCUUUGACCAUAAAUAACACAGAGAAGAUUGUCUCUAUUGCUACAAAUUAUAAAGACAUCGGGGCGAGGAUGACUUAUCUGGGGUUUGGAGGUCACAGCAAAGUUGAGGAUAGAUAUCAAAUUACUCGAUAUGGCCUUGGGACGCAACUCAUCCCCAAGCAAAUCAACACUGAUAAUCAGCUGUUUGACUUUGGAUUCACGGUGAAUGUGAUAGCGGGGGUGGUUCUCUGUGUGGCCAUAGGAUUUUUGACCAUGCAGAGAAAGUUUUAUGUUUGCUUCAGCAGGCUGAUGCGUUACGCCCUCCUCUCUGUGCUCAUUCUGUGGAUAGCCGAGCUGCUGUUUGUGUCUAACAGCUGCGAUCAGCUUCUCUGUGGGGUAAAAUGGAAAGGUGCGGGUGCCAAAAGCGAAGUAAACAAACAAAUCAGACUGUACGAGCAGCACCGGCUCCCCCUCCCCACCGUCGUCAUAACAACCCUUCCCGGUUCGGGAUCGGAAAUACUCAAGCACCUUUUCUACAACAGCUCGGACUUUGUUUACAUAAGGGUUCCCACCGAGCAUGUGGACAUUCCUGAGACGGAGUUCGAGUUCGACUCUCUGGUCGAUGCCUGCGAGUGGUCAAGGUCAGAUGCCGUGCACGGGCGGUUUAAGAUUAUUCAGGGCUGGCUGCAUUCGCUAGUCCACAACACCAAGCUGCACUUGCAAAAUAUACAGCUCGCAGAGGGCAGCAGGGUCAAGCUGCCCCAGAGAGCCACCCCCUCUAGGGACAGAAAGAAAAGAUCCAGGAGGAGAGAGCCGUCGGCCGAGCUGAAGGGCAAGCUGAGGGCCAGCCUGGACAGAGACGCAGAGUACGUCCGAGAGAUGAGACGCCAUGUUGCCGAGUACCCGAACGCCCGGGUGGUCCUCAACAUGCGCAGCGGAAGCUGGGCUCUCAAACUGCCUUUCAUUCAGGAAGUGGUGGGACCUUCCUUGAGGACAAUCUACUUAGUGAGAGACCCGCGAGCGUGGAUUUAUCUCAUGGUUUAUAACAGCAAACCCAGCCUUUACUCCCUUAAAAACAUCCCACAGCACCUUUCCUUGAUAUUCAAGGAGGACGCCGUCAGGGAUGGGUGCCCAGCUGUUGCGCCAGAGUUUAAAAUAAUCCAACGGCUGCUGUCCCGUUCUGAGACAAACCCUGUUUUGAUUCUGGCUCACCUGUGGCUGGCUCACACUGCAGCGGUGCUGAGGGUCAGCGAGGGGCUUCCCGAGGAGUCCUACCUCCAAGUGAGGUUUGAGGACGUGGUCAACUUCCCCCAGGAGACUGCAGAGACCAUACACACCUUUCUGGGGGUUCCUGUGUCACCCGCAGCACUCAAUCAACUCAUAUUCACCACCUCCACGAACCUGUACAAUCUGAUGUACGAGGGAGACAUCUCACCAGCCAACAUCAACAUGUGGAGACAAAAAAUGCCUCGAAAGGACAUCAGACUGAUAGAGGACGUGUGUGGAAGUGUGAUGAAGGGUCUCGGUUACACCAGGUUUGCCAGUUAAACGCUGCUGGUCAGCUGAUAUUGAGCUGUCUUGUUUACUGUAGCUGCCAGUCACAUUUUUUUUUUUUUUUUUGUAUUUUAUUUUUUUUGCACUGACCUUAAAUUUUAAAAAAGAAGUUGUCUUUUUUUUCUUUUCUCUUUGUUGUAUUUGUUGUUACAUAAAGGUGUUGAACCGAAUGAGGCAACAGAUGUUUGUGAGGGAAGAAUAUUUUAUAUUAAAAUAGGUGGAAGGGAGCUUAUGUUAUUGUUCUUUUCCCCCCCAGCAGCCCUUCACACUUAUUAUAGCACUCUUUUAUUGAGUGAGACUUUAGACCUUUGUGUCUUACAUGCAGACGAAUAUCACUGAAUUUUAGCAUAAAUUUUUAUCGCCCUUGAAGUCUCUGAGUGUCUUAGAAAGAGAUUUUUUUCGCCCCCACUGCUAAUAUGUGAUGUCAGAGGAAGAUUUGUGCAAAAUUCAUAUCUGUGUUUACCUACUUGAUGUUUAUUUUUUUUUACAUUUUUUUUGGCAUUUGGGUGUAUUUACCGGUUUGGAACAAAUGUGUUAUGAAGCUCAUUAAGAAGUUUUGUAGCUUUGGGAAACUAAUUUGGCAGUCGUUUUACUAUCAGAACUUUUAAGUGCUGUUUCCCUUUAAAAACCUAAAAAAUGCUGCAACGUUUGGGCUCAAAGGAAAAAAAAAAAACAGAGAAGACGACUGCAACCUUCAACGAUACAGACGUCUAAACGAUACAGAUUGUAGAGGGAUUUUUUUUUUGUACAUUUCUUUUUGAAGCUCAAAGAUGUCAUGACGGUUUGGUGGCUUAGCACUUUCACAGGGACUCUUUUGAUUGUAUGUGGGAUUCAGUGCAUUUUUCCAAGGCUAACUUUUACUGUAUGUACUCGAUUAGCUGGGAAGUAUGAAAAAAAAAAUCUCUGAAGAUGUAUAAACCUCUAAAGAUAUUAUGUCUAGAAGAAAGAAAGUUUUGAAGUAUUUAUGGGUUUCCAAAGACAUAUAUCCCAAAGGAUCAAGAAUGAAUAUGAUUAUUGUAACUCCCUUCAGCAUUUAUUGAAUUAGAUCAGAGGGAAGUGCUUAAUAGGUAUCAAACUGUAAAAAAAAAAGCAAAAAAAAAAAAAAAAACUGUCAGCCUUGACACAUUUCUAGUCAAAGCAAUUUCCGAAGCACCCCCCUCAGCUACUCAUAUUAAUCUGCAAAAUGCCAUAACUGCGGCUUACCCUGUGUUUUAUUGCUGUGAUGUCUUCACUAUGAAAGGGCCUGGAGGAAACGCAAACAGCACAAGUUUCCAUUUCUUGUUGUGGUCACUGAGAUACCCGAUGAUGUGUUGGAGGGUUUUUUUUUUUUGUCUUUUUAAGAGUACAGCGAGCAGUGCACUGGACAGGGGAUGAAUAUUAAGUAUAGCUUAAAAAAAAAAAAAAAAGGAAGAAAAAAAAAAAGUCAGAGACCAUUUCUACUCUGUGAUGUUAUGCUCCGUGGCCUGGGCAAAAAUGUACGCUACUCAGUAACCUUUGAUGCUGUCUUGCUUAAACAUUUCUGUACUGUAAAUGGAUCACAUGCAGAUGGUGCACUCAUGUAUGGACUCUCCAUUGCAUCUGUACACACACACACAGAAAAAGAAACAUACAGUGUUCAUUUGGAAAUGUUUUUUUUUCUUUCCUCAGCUAGAAACAGUCCUGUUUGUUUUCUUCUCUAUGAACACUGAAACCCUUGACUGGCUGGAAAACCUGUUUGAUGUUUGUGGUCUUUGAAUGUGUAGACUUGGCAGACAUGCUUUCACUUUGGUGUUGCAAUCCUGUUACCAACUCUGUUUUGUAUUUGCUCUUGGGGAUAUGGUUCCUUGCUUCUGUGGCCUUGAAUUACAAUCAUUUCUUUAUAAAAAAAAA